GAUCUCCCCACCUGACCGACAACCCCCUGACCCCGACCACAGACCCGAAAACAACCCCUUAUCUCCUCACCUGACCGAGACCAACCCCCCUGACCCCGACCACAGACCCGACCCCUCUCUAGCCCCUGAUCAUAGCCGCUGCCACCUCCAAACCCCUCUCUAGCCGCUGCCACCUGCUGCGUCAUGUCGGACCUAGAGUUUGGCAUGGGUUCCCUCGACUCAGUCCUCGAACUGAUGAUAGGAAGAGUAUAUAUCUCACAUCGAUGAGAUAUAUAACUGUUUUUGGUUCUUGUUUCCUCUGAGAAACGAGAAUUUGUUUGUGAUCCUACUCUUGUUGUGCAGCAGAGGUGCUGCCAAAAUUUUCACUGUACACAACAAGGGUCGGAAGAGAAGGUGAACGGUUGGUGGGUUUGAAGCCUGUUCGAUGGAGGAGAUCAUCAAGAAGUUGAACCCUGCGGAGGUGUCAACUUUGAUGAAGUUGAUGAAGUUGUCGGCUGAUGAAAACGCGACAAGACCAUCGAAGAAGUUGGAGCUUCCGACCAUCGAUCUGAAGCUUGAUGGACCGAGUACCUACCUGAGUUGGUCACGACGAGUGAGAUACACCCUUGCAGGGAGGAACCUGGAGGGUUACUUGACCGGAGAGAAGACAGAACCGGAUGAGGACUCGGGAGGACGAGAUGAGUGGAAGUACACUCAUAUGUUGGUGUACAUAUGGCUUCUUAACUCGUUGGUCCUGACGAUCGCCGCCACGGUGGAUGGCAUUGAGAAGGUGAAGGACGUCUGGGAGAAGUUGAGGAGGACAUAUGAUGGAGUGGGGAAUAACCUGAGGGUGUUCCAGAUUAAAGGAGAGAUCGACGCCACAGUCUAGGGAGAGAGGACUGUACAGGAAUAUGCUAUAGAGCUGGAGCGCCUGUGGCUGGACUAUGAUCAUUUUUCCCCCCGGACUAGCUGUAAGGACCCGAGAUGUAAAGAACGGGAGGCCUUUCUACAGGAGAGGACUAUGGUGUUUCUUAAUGGAUUGACAUCAGAGUUCGCUCAGCGAAUUGCAUUACUGCUAGCUUAGCCGAAAAUUCCCACGCUUGAGGAGGCUGUCUCUGCUAUGAUCCAGGAGGAGACUCGCAU